AUGUCAGGAAACGAGGCCACGAACAUCAGCUACACUGGAAAUGUCGCCGUCAUUGCGCAGAUUGUCAAGUGCGAUCGGGCUUCAGCCCACCUUUCGCCCACUUCAGCCUACGCUGCCCAACUAUCUUGGCUCACUAUCCCGGGACAUGUUCGCCAUGAUGUCGUUUUGACACUGUCCGGGAGUAAAGUUCCCCGGAGAGGCGCGGCGCCUCUUUCUGUCGAUCUCUGGAACUCGUCUAUGGUAAUCACCAAGUCAUCGUCGCCUUCACUCUUCACCCUGUCUUUUCACAGGAAAACUGCGUACGACGCCUACAUUACCAAAGUUUGGGACCGAGGCAGUCAUUACAAGUCAAACGGAAGAUAG